AUGGCGUCUUUUUCUGUUCUCCGCCCACUGCGCACGCCGCUCGGUCGCGGUGAUGCCUCUUGGAGAUGCGCAACCCGUCUCACAGCCGCCCCUAUAUUUAGGGCCCGCCGGUCCUUCUCUCACUACCUCGUCGCUCCGCACGAGCUCGCCGAAGCCCUGAAAAAGAGCCCACCGUCGCCCAUCACCUCCGAGCCCCGCAUAAUCCCGCUCUGCGCCUCAUGGUUUCUCCCAAACGACCCGCAAGGCCGCACCGGCAUCCAGACUUUUCGCGAGAAGCGCAUCCCCAAGGCCCGGUUCUUCGACCUGGACAAAGUGAUCGAUAAGCGCAGCCCAUACCCCCACAUGCUUCCCAACUCGAAGAAUUUCGCCGAGGCCAUGAGCGAGCUCGGCAUCCGUCACGAGGAUACUGUUGUAGUCUACGACAGCCACGAACUCGGCAUCUUCAGUGCACCCCGCGUCGGCUGGACUAUGAGGGUCUUUGGCCACCCCAAGGUCCAUAUUCUCAACAACUUUCGACUGUGGGUAGAACAAGGCCUCCCAACAGAAUCUGGCAAUGUGUGGACUGUUGAGUGCGGCACAUAUCCCAUCCCGGAGAUGGACGAGUCCAAGGUCGCCCAAUUUGAGGAUGUGCUGGAGGUUGCGCAGGACCACAACAAGGAAGGCGCCGAAGGUGUUCAGGUUCUUGAUGCCAGGUCCGCUGGGCGCUUCUCCGGCAAGGACCCCGAGCCACGGCCCGGGCUAUCCUCAGGACACCUACCAAGCUCGAUCAAUAUCCCGUUUGACACUGUCCUUGACCCUGAAACCAAGGCUUUCCUCCCCGUGGACAAACUAAGGGAGGUAUUUACGAAGAAAGGUGUAGAUCCGGAGAAGCCCAUCAUUUCCAGCUGUGGAACCGGUGUCACCGCUUGUGUGAUCGAAACAGCACUAAAUGAAGCCAACAUUGGCUCACCAGCGAAGAGGAAGGUUUACGACGGGAGUUGGACCGAAUGGGCACAACGGGUCAAACCCACGGACUCCCUCAUUCUGAAGGACGUGUGA